CCGGGAUGGCCGGGCCCGGCAGUUCCGGGGGCCCUAUUGGGGCAGGGACCCUGGUGGGCAGCUCGAGGUCCAAGGUGGCCCCAAGCGUGGACUUUGAUCACAGCUGCUCGGACAGCGUGGAGUACCUGACUCUCAACUUCGGGCCCUUCGAGACAGUGCAUCGCUGGCGGCGCCUCCCGCCCUGUGAUGAAUUCGUGGGCGCACGGCGCAGCAAGCACACCGUGGUGGCUUAUAAAGAUGCCAUCUACGUGUUUGGAGGGGACAACGGGAAGACGAUGCUCAAUGACCUUCUGCGCUUCGACGUGAAGGACUGUUCCUGGUGCAGGGCCUUCACGACUGGGACCCCACCGGCCCCCAGGUACCACCACUCAGCUGUCGUCUAUGGGAGCAGUAUGUUCGUAUUUGGGGGCUACACUGGGGACAUUUAUUCUAAUUCUAACUUGAAGAAUAAAAAUGACCUCUUUGAAUACAAGUUUGCAACUGGCCAGUGGACUGAAUGGAAGAUUGAAGGACGGCUGCCGGUUGCUAGGUCUGCUCAUGGUGCCACCGUGUAUAGUGAAAAGCUCUGGAUCUUUGCCGGCUACGAUGGUAAUGCCAGGUUGAACGACAUGUGGACGAUCGGCCUCCAGGACCGGGAGCUCACAUGCUGGGAGGAGGUGGCCCAAAGUGGCGAGAUCCCGCCCUCCUGCUGCAACUUUCCGGUGGCCGUGUGCCGAGACAAGAUGUUUGUGUUCUCGGGCCAGAGUGGAGCCAAGAUCACCAACAACCUCUUCCAGUUUGAAUUCAAAGACAAGAUGUGGACGCGCAUCCUUACUGAACACCUGCUCCGGGGCUCCCCACCACCCCCACAGCGGCGCUACGGGCACACCAUGGUGGCCUUCGACCGCCACCUCUACGUGUUUGGGGGAGCAGCAGACAACACGCUGCCCAAUGAACUGCACUGCUACGAUGUGGACUUCCAGACCUGGGAAGUGGUUCAGCCCAGCUCUGACAGUGAGGUCGGUGGGGCUGAAGUGCCAGAACGAGCAUAUACUUCUGAUGAGGCACCUGUUCUGGCCCCUGAGGAGCGGGGUGGCUUCAAGAAGUCCCGGGAUGUGUUUGGCCUGGACUUUGGCUCCACCACAGCCAAGCAGCCAGCCCAGCCAGCCUCAGAGCUGCCCAGUGGACGGCUCUUCCAUGCAGCCGCCGUGAUCUCUGAUGCCAUGUACAUCUUUGGGGGCACAAUGGACAACAACAUCCGCAGUGGGGAGAUGUACAGGUUCCAGUUCUCCUGUUACCCCAAGUGCACGCUGCAUGAGGACUAUGGGCGUCUGUGGGAAAGCCGACAGUUCUGUGACGUGGAGUUUGUGCUGGGUGAGAAGGAGGAGUGUGUGCAGGGCCACGUAGCCAUCGUCACAGCGCGAUGCCGCUGGCUGCGCAGGAAGAUCGUGCAGGCAUGUGAGCGACUGGCCCAGAAGCUGGAGGACGUGCCCCCUGCCCCCGGGGAGGCCAGCGGCGAGGCUGCAGGUGGUGCCCGGCCGUCCCUACUGCCUGUGGCCAUCCGUGAGGCCGAGGCCCGACCCUUCGAGGUGCUCAUGCAGUUCUUAUACACUGACAAGAUCCGGUACCCCAGGAAAGGCCACGUGGAGGAUGUGCUUCUCAUCAUGGACGUGUACAAGCUGGCGCUGAGCUUCCAGCUGUGCCGCCUGGAACACCUGUGCCGGCAGUACAUUGAGGCCUCGGUGGACCUGCAGAACGUGCUGGUGGUGUGUGAGAGUGCCGCCAGGCUGCAGCUGGGCCAGCUUAAGGAGCACUGCCUCAACUUCGUGGUGAAGGAGUCGCACUUCAACCAGGUGAUCAUGAUGAAGGAGUUCGAGCGCCUCUCAUCCCCACUCAUAGUAGAGAUUGUACGGCGCAAGCAGCAGCCGCCCCCAAGGGCACCUCCUGACCAGCCUGUGGACAUUGGCACAUCUCUGAUCCAGGACAUGAAGGCAUAUUUAGAGGGAGCCGGUGCCGAGUUCUGUGACAUCACAUUAUUGCUGGAUGGUCACCCACGGCCAGCCCACAAGGCCAUCCUAGCCGCCCGCUCCAGUUACUUCGAGGCCAUGUUCCGCUCCUUCAUGCCUGAGGAUGGCCAGGUGAACAUCUCCAUUGGGGAGAUGGUGCCCAGCAAGCAGGCUUUUGAGUCCAUGCUGCGCUACAUCUACUACGGCGAGGUCAACAUGCCACCUGAAGACUCGCUCUACCUGUUUGCCGCCCCUUACUACUAUGGCUUCUACAACAAUCGGCUGCAGGCCUACUGCAAGCAGAACCUGGAGAUGAACGUAACUGUGCAGAAUGUGCUGCAGAUCCUGGAGGCAGCUGAUAAGACACAGGCAUUGGACAUGAAGCGGCACUGCCUCCACAUCAUCGUGCAUCAGUUCACCAAGGUUUCCAAGCUACCCACACUGCGCUUGCUAAGCCAGCAGCUGCUCAUCGACAUCAUAGACUCCUUGGCUUCUCAUAUCUCUGACAAGCAGUGUGCAGAGCUGGGCGCUGAUAUAUGAGGCCCCACCUGC